CUCUUGUUCUGAAAGAAUUUUGAAGGCCAAAAAAAGGCUGGAACUUCCGUGUGGAUUUCUAUUUUCCAAAUAACCCGUCCCAAUGGUUUCAAUUUAUCGGAAAAUCUAGUUCCUCAAGUGUGCAUUGCAGUGCUUAUUACUUUAAAAGUGCAAAACAGUGGUUGUUGUGAUCGCAGACCGUUCAAAAUGCUCUAGCAAAUUUGUCUCUCCCCCAUCGCAAGCUCUUUUUUCUUCCUUUCUUUUCUCUUCCAUUCUUGCUCGUACUUGGUCUCAAAAGUGGCCUCCGAAGGUCGUCCAACUCGACUCGCGCGCAGUUUGAUAAAGCGCGAUGAGUGAAGUCGAGCCACCACCGCCGGGCACGGAAGACCACGUCCUUCCGAUGCCGUCGACCGUGGAACCCGUUCCGACGGACACGGCGGCCAGCAGUGCCAGCCUGUUGGAGGACGCGCCGGAACAUGAAGAGGGCGAGAUCGAGGACGAGGAUGAGGAGGAGGACGUCGGAAUGCAGUACGAGAACAUCAGCUCGGAUGAGGAGUUUAUCAUCCGGGAGCGGCUGCUGCAGCUGCAGGCCAUGGACACCGAGAUGGAACGGCGGAAAAAGAUUGCGGGAAGGAACGGCGGUGGACAGGGUGCGGCCGGGAGGCAUAAGGCUCCGUACAAUAAGCGCAUGCAGCCGCCUCCGGCUCCGGUCAUCGGAAAGGAAAACUACGAGUGCAUUUCGGACGACGACGACGACGACUUUGACCUGUUCCGAUACGACCCGGUGCCAAAGCCGAAACCUCUACCAGCCCGACGGAAGCCUCGAAGUUCUCGACCGUCAGACUCGUUGAAAUCUCUCCGGCCCACGUCUAGUCGGUACCGCGGAGUGUCGCGGGAACCCGCCAGGCGCCCCCCGUCCCGCGUCCUCGAGAAGCGCAAGCAUGAACCGCGCAAACAUUCCCUGUCGACGAGGAAGCACAAGCGGAAAAGGGUUGAAGCGACGUCGACGUCGACGACCAUGGUGAAUGUGAUCGAUUCGAGCGAUUCCGAGCGGGACUUUCCGCUGGACAGGGCGCGGCUGCAGGCCGCCUGCAGCAUUCAGGACACGAGGAAACGAAAGACUGACAAGGAGAACUGGGACGCGCUGAAGCGCAAGCUGAAGCUGUCGAUGCAGAUGAGGAAGAAGAGUCAGGAGGGGGUGGUGGGUAGGAAGGAGGUCGUGGAGAUUGUGGCGGAUGAGCCGAUGUUGGUUGGGGAGGACGAUGAAGAUGAGGAGGAUGAAGAAGUGUUGCAGCUGCGACUGCAGGCCUUGAAAACGAAGGCGGAACUGAAGGAAACGGAUGUGAUUAGUUUGUUGGAGGGAGAACCCGUUGGGGAGGAGGAGCCGCCGCCGCCGCCGGAGAAGGGCGUUGAGGAGCAGGAACUGCGAAUGAUCGCGCUCCAGUCGGCAUUUACCAAAAAGCAUCAAAUAAGACUGAAGAAACGGCAGGAGGAGCGGCCGUACUCGCCAAGUGACGAGAUUCGGUUGCUUUCACCGGUGACGGAUUUGCUGCCUGGUGGGGCAGAGGUCGUGGAAGUCGAUGAAGACGUGCAGAUCAUCGUGACCAAACCGGAAACGGUCGAGAUAGCCGAUAGUUCGGACGACGAGGAGAACCGGAUGGAGAUUAGCCCGACGGAGAGUCCAACCGUGCCGGACGUGCAACCGGUGGACAUGGAACUCGCCACCGCCAGCGGAGAAUCUCAAAGUCCGGCACCGCCGACAGAAGAGGUCAUCAGCCAGGAGCCGGAACAGGUCGUCCUGCAGCUGGAUUCUCCAGUGUCUCCCGCGGUCGAAGAACCGGGUGAUCUGCAGAGCAAGUUCCCCGAAGAGGACGACGAAGAAACGCUCCGGAAUCAGCUGCUGUUGAACCUGUCGGGAUCACUGCCGACGGUGGCGGCCCGGCCCUUGACACCGGACUCGAUGGGCGAAGAAGAAGCGGACGCCCUGCGCGAGCUGAUUCUGUCCAGAAUGAACAACAAAAAGGUGAACAAGCAAAGGGAGCCAAUGCAGGCGGAUAUCUCCAACGAAAACGACAGUCAAAACAUUCCUCCACCCGAAGAGGCCUCGACCAUCGCUAGCGAUCAACCAACUUCCAAGGCUCCAACCACGAAUCAAUCGCGGGGACCAACGAAUCCCAAUCUGAUCACGUUGAUCGGCAAGCAAAAGAUCGCUCGAAAGAAGAAAAAGAAGUCGGCUGGCAAAGUGGCCAGACAAGCCGCGGCGGCCGCGGCUGCUGCUGCUGCGGCCGCUUUAGAACCAAUCGCGAUCGCUGCCCCUCCACCGUCAAGAAGCCUCGUCAAAGCCCCAAUUCCACUAGUGCCUCCCCCGCCCGGGAUUCCACCCCUAAUCCAAGCACCGACCAUAACGACCACGAAGGUCCUGGUCAACCCGAACAAGCUAAUCAACCGCAACACCGUGAACAACGCACCCAAAGAACAAACCCAGCAACGCUCAGCCAUGGUAGACAAUUACGUACAAAAACCCGUGCCCAAGCUAGUCAUCCAGCUGGGUCAGUCCGACUCGGACUCCGACCCAGACUACUACUCGGCGCCCCAAUCCGAGCCCGAAGUCGAAGUGCUGCGCGAAACAUUCCUCCGCGAUCUGGACAACGCCAGUCCGUCCCGGAUAACGCUCGAGUCCCCCACCUACUCGCCAAUCCCGGACGAUCAACCGCCCUCAACUCCCCUACAAAAACCAGCCGAUCCGGCCUUUGCCCAACGGUUAGACCAAUUCCUGCGCAACGUUCGCAGCAAAACCGACCAAAAUCAAAACGUCACCGAGGCUCCGUCGGCUGGUAGCGGUUCCAACGGCUUAGCCGCAAGUCCACGAUCGACGACGCCCCGAAAGCCCAUAACGGCGCCAACCGCCACCGCCUCUCCAAUCACACCCUCGGCCGUCCGUCACCUCCCCAAAUCGGCCCAACUCGAGUACAAACGGCUCCUCGCCCGAAUGGCCCAGCUCGAAAAACAACGCCAGCAGCGAUUCGUCGUCCAAAACACCCCCGCCGUCGCGCUCACCACUCUGAUACCUCCCCCGCCGCCGCCCACACUCACCAAAACCAUCGUCAACAACGUCGGUCCGAACGCGGAUCACGAAAUCGUAGUAACCGUAAACCGCGAAGGACGCGACGUCGUGACAGUUGACAAGCCGGUUCCACCUACCCCCAAACAGACGGACACGCUGAUCAAGCGGGUGCUGAUUAACAACACGGUGACGCAGGCCACGGUGCGGGCACCGGUGCCGCCACUACCGCAAGAAGAAGAAGCCAAAGAUACGCCAAGUAAGACUGUUGUUGAACAGGUACGGCAAAAGAGUCCGUCGAGGGUGGUGGGCAGGAAGGAGGACGAUCCGGAUCUGGCGACGUUGCGGGAAGCGCUGCGGAGGCUGCCCCGGAUCAAGGAGGACGAUCGGCACCGGGUGCUGAAGCUGGCGGAGGCACGCUAUGAGAAUCAUAGCAAACGCUUCCGGGAGGAACUGCAGGAGCUGAUCGGCACCGUCGAGAACGCCCAGUACCAGCGCCAGAAGCAGUACGACCUCGAGAACAAGGUGGCCUUCCUGCGGGAGAAGCUAACGGUGAUGGAGCGUGCGCUGGCCGUCCACAAGCACCGCAUCGUGUCGAUCUUUCCGACGUUGCAGGAGUCGCACACCCGCGUCAUGGCCAGCCGGAAGAAGUCGAUCGAGCUGAACAAUCUGUGCCAGGCGAUCGGUCGCGAGGUCCAGGGCAAAGCUUACAGUCCACCGUCGGGACUGCGCGGCGAAAUCCACCAGCGGUUGAAGGUACUUACGAGCGAAACGAAACAGCUCAAGCACAUGAAAAAGCUCACACUGGACGAGUUCAAGCGACGCAUGAUUGAACAGCGUCGGCGGCAGCACGAAGAACCGCCGAAUGUACCGCAACCGGUCGUCGAGCCUUCACAGCCAGUUGUUGAGCAAGUUCCAGAAGAACCUCCCGCAAAUGAAGAGCCCAUAAUCGAAGUGCCGGAACCUGCCCCAGUGGCGGAAUCGGUUGAGAUUAGGGCCAAAAGUGCACCGGCUUCGCGAAGUACGAGUCCGCUGGUGGUGCUCGAGCCGGAACGGAAAUUAAACGUAACGCAAGAAGCUCCGGCCGUUCUGUCCAGUGAACCGACCUGGAAGCGCUUCGAGCAGUACACCUCGCCGCUGGCAUCGCUCCGAAGUGCACAAAACAUUCCGGACGGUGUAAUCUGUCCCUAUCAGAUGCGUGGCGAGUGCGUUGAUGAGGGCUGUAAAUUUGAACAUCUCUGAGUAGUUCGUGUGUGUAUGUGCGUGCGACACAUUUUUUUCUCCUUUUGAUCUCACAAACUUACACACAAUCAACCCCAUAUCACAGUACAAAACAAAAACACUAACGAAAUCCCCCAAUUGGAAUGCCCCGCCUAUCCCUAUUUUCACUAUAAUCCCGUUUGCGCAGUGUACAAAUCUUGUAGAUUAGUCUUCAAACCUCAACUAUUUAUGUUUCCCACUCCUACUCCCUACUCUUGAUCCCAAUCCCACUUCCUUCCCAACAAGAAAAAAAAACAAAUCACCAACCAAAAAUUAGAACACAAAAGAAAUCGGCCGCGCGCGGGGAAAUCACCAAACCGGAAGUGAAUCGAAAACGGUGUUCAGAAGAAAUCGAAGAAAAGGUGCGCGAACGCUAAAACAGUACAACAAUCAAACGGAAAAAAGAAUCAAGUGAGCUUAAAAUCCUCCAAACAUUUACAAACUAAACAAAAAAAAUAAUCCAGUAGUGUGAAGAAUGCGCGCGAAUAUGUUGCCGAGUCCAAUCCGGAGAAGAGAAGGAAGAGUGCGUGCGGAACGGAAACGCGGAAGCAUCCUAGAAGAGUAGAAGAUUUCAGUGGCUUCCACUUCCUCACCACGAGUUUGCCAUAUGAUUGCUUUUUUUAAACGAG